CAAGACUUAAAUAUUUCAUAGUCAAAGAUCAUCAUCAGUAUUUUGCACUAUAUUUUUACUAGUACUAGUAUAUUAUAUUGCUUGUUCACAACUUACAAUAUGACUCUUAGUAGUCUGUCCAAAAGAAAAACUUCAACCAGCUAAAUUGAUACAGAUCUAGAGUUACUACCUUAGUUGCUAAAACAAUCAUGAACAAUCAAUCUGAUCAAUCAUUACAACACCCUUAUGAAAAUCUACAAGCUAUAGUGGAUGAUCUCAAUCUCAAGCAUCCAAAUUCCUUAGAGAUUGUGAAAUCCUCCAUCAAAAUUAUCACAAGCAAUACCAAAUACAUGUUCAUUUUGAUUCUAUCUAUUCUACCUUUCUUCCUUUUCAUGGUUAUUUUAGAGACGAACAUUCGAGAAGUCAAGAUCGACAUAUCAGAGUUUCUAAUACCAUUUUCCUACCCCAACAAUGAUGAUUACCUUCUUGAUGCUUAUUCGAGUAGCCAAGAUAUGAACCAACCCAAAAGAGAUUGUUUUCGUAUACUUCUCGAGUUCUUUCCCUUUCAUUUGAUUCUUCUUCCUUUGUUUGAGAUCAUUAGUUUGCCUAUAAUCCUUAAUGUCUCAGCUAAGAUCAAUGCAGGACAGAUUGAAUCAACUACCCUUAAAGAGAUUAUCAAUGAAUCAAUAAUUAAACUUAAGGGUCUAAUUAAUACCUUUGUUUGGGUAUAUUUUCAUUCAACUUUGACACUAAUAGCUCUUGGAUUGAUAUUAGUACAUCACUUUCAGACUGCACCAGCAGACUUUUGGUUAAAUAUGGUAUCAAUUACAGUUCAUUCAGUCUUAUUCCUUGGUUUUCUAUACAAAUUCUUGUAUUGGAGCUCAAUUUGGAACUUGGGUAUGGUAAUUACCUUUAUAGAAGAUUGUUCUGGGAUCGCAGCAUUAGAUAGAUCAGAACGUUAUGCAAAACAAGGUAAGAAAAUCGAGUUCCAAUUGAUGUUUAGUGUUCUUGUAUUUUAUAUUGUUUUAAGGCUUCCUUACAUGUAUGAUGGCUUAUUUGAUGAAGAUUAUGCCGGUGUUUCGAUAACAUGUAUCGUCAUGAUAUCGAUUUCGUUAGGGAAUUUGGUGAAAUGGGUUGCAUUUUUGUUAUCCUAUUACUAUUGCAAGAAGCAAUACAGGGAAAAGAAAGUUGAAGAUCAACAGGGUAUGAUGGUAUUCAAAAUUAGGCAAGUUUUCAGUAAUCUGCAGGAGUUAAAAUCCUUUGAAAUUCUGAUAUCAGCACUAAAAAUCUUUACAAGUAAUAUCAAAUUCAUGUUGUUUAUUGUAUGUUGUAUUCUCCCUUUGUAUAUUUUCAUGGUCUUUUCAGAGAUAAAGCUCCAAGAGGCCAUAGAUUAUGCCUUAUCGAACUCGACAAAAGAUUUUAUACCCGCAAUUCUCAAACUGUGUCUCUUCUAUGUGUUUCUCUACCCGAUUCUAGAGUGUGUUAGCAUAUGUUAUACCAUAAAAAUCGCGGAAAAACUUCAUGUAGGAGAAAAACAGGUAACUAUCAAGCAUAUACUUAACCAAAAACUUAGCCUAAAAUGUCCUUUUAUUACCUAUCUUUAUGUUUAUUUCCAAUCUUCAGUGACUUUUCUAGGCCUUCUUGGGGUAUUAGGAAAUUACAAAAUCUUCUCAUUCAUAAGCUAUUACUCGUAUCUCGAGUAUGUUGAGAUUGGGUUGAACAUUUUGUCUAUUUCUUUUCAUUCAAUGAUAUUCUUUGGUUUGCUUUACAAGUACUUAGAAUGGAGUGCAAUUUGGAACUUGGGUAUGGUGAUUUCUGUUAUGGAAGAACAAAAUGGGAUCGCGGUCUUAGGAAUAUCAGAUUAUUAUGGAAAGAAGUGUAAGAAAACUGGGUUUGAAUUGAUGCUGGUGUUUUUCUUGACUGGUAAUGUUUUGAGGGUGUUUUGUUUGUAUGGUGGGUUAUGUAAUGGAAGUUUUGCUGGUGUUUUGAUCACUUGUGUGAAUAUAAUGCUGUUUUUAUUGGCUAAUUUGGUGAAAUGGAUUACUUUUUUGCUGUAUUAUUAUCAUUGUAAGCAGCAAAUAAUGGAAAAGAAGGUUGAUGAUCAAGAAUUGGGAGUUAAGCUAGAAAGUACUGGUGUUUUAUCUUGAUUAUGUCAUAAAAAUGUAUAAAAAUUUGGAGUAUAUGAACACUAAUUUGGUAAAUUAUCAUUUGGUUGUGCUUUCAUGAGUUCAUUUGCUUAAUCUGUCUCUGAUGUCUUGUGAGGCAGGGCAAUGCUUGAUAUAAUAUAGUUUACAUAACCUAUCAAUUGUAUUGGGCAUUAUAUGUCAAGGAACUAACUCAACCAAAGCAUAAGUUGAUGAUUGAUGCCUCGGAUACCAUGUAAAAAUACCAACUCAACCAAAAGCUUAGCUGAUGGUUGAGGCCAGAUGAUAUUUAUUGUAUAUUACCAUUAUAGUCAUGGUAUGUAAUAAUAAAGAUAUGAUAAUAUAUUUAGAAAGUUGAUGGUUGACU